AUGCUGUCCUCUUGCUUCGGGUGGGGCAAGUCCCGCGACGAGGAUCAGGAGCCGCUGCUGCCUCAGUAUGAGCAAGACACUCAUCUGCAGCGGGAGCUGUACCGCAAGCUCCACAGCUACCAGAUGCUGAGAGCCCUCACCAAGGGAUACAUGCCGAGCACCGAGCAGGCCAUCAUCAACCUGCGCACUCUGCUUGCGAGCGACGUCCUCAAUCCGGAUAACCCAGAUCUCUCCGACAGUGGAAGGCGUCUGGCCCGCCUCACCAAGCAAUGGCUACACCAGUUCAUCACGCUCCUCAAAAACAAGAACGACGAGGACCAACUCCAGGAUCUCAUAUGGUUCUUGACAAAGAGCAGGAUCUCGGUCGACGUGGACGACCUCCAACACCGCGCCAGCAAAUCCAAGGCCAAGGCCGAUGCUGCCGCUGCCUACAAGAGCCUGCAGACCGUCGGAUCCUUGCUCUUCACCAACUCGGAUUUCCGCGUUUUCCUCGGCGACUUGAAUACAGUUGGCCGUGAGAUAUUCAAGGAUUCCGCUUUUGCUCUGAGUUCCGCCGCCGAGGAAGCUGGCAAGCAGCUGGAGCCGUCGGCGGAGGAGCAGAAGCAGGUCGCUCAUCCGGACGCUGGCACAAACGGCAAGGCCCCGACCGGCCAGGAGCUUGGCCAAGAUGUUCAAGACGUCAGCAAGAUCGUCGCGCACGAGGGCGCUGAAGUCGCCAGUGCUGCCCUCGAGAGCACCAAGGACAAGCUGUCAGGAGACGAAGGACAAACGCUUCUGAAACGUCUCCAGCAGGUUGUCCUGAAUCUGCGCAAGCGUAAAGACUAUUCAGACUCUGUCUCUACGCUUUCUCUUCUGAUAAAGCGUUACGCGCUGGUGUAUUCACGCGCCGCUGAAGAGAUUGCGGAGGCGGCGCAAGAUGAUGUUCACGAAAAUCGUGCGAUGGACAAAGCUAUGAAGAACAUUUGGGAGUUCGUCUCGAGCUUCGGCGACAAGAAGGAGUGGGAGAGAAGUGAGACCCUGUUCAAGAAGGUCAUAGCCCACAAGGAGAAGGACCCCGAGUUUGAGCACUUUAUGCAGGAGGUGGGAGACAGCCUGCAGAAGCUCCUUACUGAUCCCGAUUUCUUUACCAACGCGGACGCAAAAUUGCAAGAGCUUAGGGAGAAGAGCAAGAAGGUGGGAACAGAGAGCAGCCUCCGACAGGAUGUGGAUGAGCUGCUGCAGCAACUCUCCGUCACUUUCAAGAGUGUGCUCCACGAUGAGGAUAUUCACAACCUUAUCACCACAACACUACGUAUCUUCGGGGUCUUAUCUCCUACUAACGCAGUUACGAAUCCCGAUCUCGUCCAAGAUGCCAUCAAUGUCUUUAUUCCUCUUCUCAUAAGCGCUAUUCAGUACCUACCGAUUCCGCGCCUGGAAGUCGGCACGCCCGCCAUCGACCUUCUCCUGGAGAACCUCAUCAUCGAACCCGGCGUGACUGUCAACCACACGUCUUUCCUGCCGUACCGCUUCAAGGUAGAGACUUACAACGAUCUGGAAAUACGCAAGGCACGAUACCGCACGACGACGACAUCGAAGAACCUCAUGCUCAUCAAGAUCGACGGUCUCUCGGCUCGCGCCGACGAAAUCGGCUUCUGGCUGCGCGCCCACAGCGGGCUGUUCCGCCUGGCCGACGAGGGCAUCGCCAGCUUCGCGCUGGACGAGCGCGGCGUCGACAUCCACCUGGAGGUGGAGAUCUGCCGCGAGCGCAUGGAGCAGAUCCUGACGCUGCGCGCCGUGCGCGUGCGCGUGCACAAGCUCGACUACACGCUGCGCAAGAGCCGGUUCGCCUGGCUCGGCUGGCUGUUCAAGCCCCUGCUGCGGCCCCUGCUCAAGGCCACCAUGGAGGUGCAGCUGGCGGGCGCCAUCGCGGGCCUCCUGCACGCCGGCAACCGCGAGCUGCUGUACGCGCGCGAGCGCCUCCGCGCCACGCGCAUCGCCGACCCGGCCGACCUGUGGACCUUUGUCCGCGCCGUCGCCGCCCGCCUCGUCCCCGCCGAGGACCCGGACCUGUACACGCGCGUCGGCGUCGCCCAGCCCGGCGAGGGCGUCUUCAAGGGCGUCUACACGCCCGGCAGCGUCGUCAAGAUCUGGAACGACGAGGCCGCCCGCGCCGGCGACCGCGUCGAGGAGUACGAGGUCGGCGGCUGGAGGAACGAGGUCUUCGACACGCAUGUCAGUACCUUGACUUGA